GGGAGGGAUUUCAGGGGAGGACAGGGCUGGAUUGUAAACAGAGGAGAAGGAUGCUGCGGAGGUCUCUGAGGCAAGCGGGGCCCUGAGGCCAAGGAAAGGCCUCCCGCGUGGGAAAUGCGGCUCCUUUGGCGUGGGCGGAGGUCCUCCGAGCCAGGGAAAUCCAGUUCCUUGGAUUAUUUCUGCUGAACAGUCAACACAUCCUGUCCAGGUCUAACGUUGAGAAAUGUAAAGAAAUGGACAAGCUAAUUUUCACUGAUACUUUCACAAAUGAGAAGUCAACCCAAAUUCUUGAAUCAAAUGCCAAGCUAAUGAUAUUGAUUGUGUCACAUGCUUUGCCAUAAUCUUCUUGAAAGUCCCCUCCUGACCUGUGCCUGCACAUUUAUGUUCAGUUCUGGUAAAGUAUCCCAGAGUUUCAACUCUUCGGACUGCAAAUGAAAUGGAAGCCUUAGAAGUUGAUGAUAUCAGUCCUGCUUUGGAAGUGACUGAAGAUUUCUUCAAUACUUUUGAUGCUAAGUUAGACAAUGUGCAGCCUUCAGAGGUUUAUGGGAUUCAGGAAGUCCCAGAAUUGGUUGGACAUGAAGUGUUUAACAGCUGUGGAGACUUGAGGAAUGUUGUUUCUUUGGGGCAGAAUAAUCUUGUUUGGGAACACUGCAAAAAUGGACUCUCAGAAACCAAAGUGCAGACUGCAUUUCCUGCCAAAGAACAAUUUAGAGUACAGAGGGGAACAGUUCCAGACAAUCUCUCCUGGAUGGAACAGAGAGAAGCCUCAACUUUUAAUAUCCUUAAUAUCUGCCGGAGGAGGGUCCGGCCCCGUUCUGUGAAUGAUAUCACAAUGCAAAGUGAGGAAGCUGCCACUUUCAAGCCAGGUCAUAAUCGGUCGCGGUCAGAUAUCACUCGGAUAGACUGGAGCAUCAUUUUAAACAGUGCCCCUCCACAGCAGGUCUCUAACCAUGGCAACCGGUGUCCCAAAGUUUCAUUCACACCAGCAGGUUUCAAAAAGGGAAAGGAUGUUCAAGGGAAUUCUGAACACAAGCCAACAUUCUCAAAUACCUUAAAGAAAGGGUACUUGGAAAUCAAGCGCAACCAUGACAGCUAUUGGCAGGCUUGUUAUGCCGAACUCUCUCCAUAUGAGCUGUACCUGUUUUGGCUUGACAGCAGUGGCAACCAGACCCUUCCGACCGUCUAUCUCCUUUUGCAUUUCCAAAGUAUCACUGUGGAAACCAGUGUGGUUGAUGCAGUUCUGUUCAACAACUCCCAUCUACAGCUCAAGGCAGAAUCUCCAUGGGAGGCCUUGGAUUGGGGUCAGAAGCUCCGAGAAGCAGUGCAUUCUUCGGUACCAUCUUUCCUGAGGCCACAAGGAGACUUGAGGAAUUCACACAAGUUAGACAAUGAGGAGAACAACAUUGCCCCAAACCACAUCUUACAGAAGGAACCAGCUGAAUUUUUCCAGUCAACAUCUGUGACUGAAAACAUCAAGGACUACCAAAACAUUCUCAAAUCAGGGACUCUUUACAGACUGACCCUUCAAAAUAACUGGAAAGCAUUCCAUUUUGUUCUCAGCCCAUCCCUCCUCAUGGCUUUUCAGAUUGGCGGCCCUGAUGAAGACCCGCUAUGGAGCUACAAUACUGAAGUGUGCCUCUCCGUCCAGACAGAUAUUCUAGAUGAUUGUGACUCUUGCUUUCAGGUAAUCUUUCCCCAAGAUGUGCUCCGCCUGCGUGCAGAGACCCGGCAAAGAGCUCAGGAAUGGAUGGAGGCCUUGAAGGCUGCCACCAGCACAGCCAGCUUGGGUCAAAACGUUCAGGUAACACUGAGGAACAAAGUCCAAAACUUAUCUUGCAGGAAGGACCAUCAGAAGAUCAAGCGCCAGUCUGUCACCACUAGCUUUCUCAGCAUCUUAACCACCUUGUCUUUGGAAAGAGGUCUGACUGCUCAGAGUUUCAAGUGUGCAGGUUGUCAGCGUGCCAUAGGCCUGUCCAAUGGCAAGGCAAAAGUCUGCAGCUACAGUGGAUGGUACUAUUGCAGUUUCUGUCACGUGGACGACAACUUUCUUAUUCCUGCCCGGCUGGUUCAUAACUGGGACACUUCAAAAUACAAGGUAUCAAAGCAAGCCAAAGAGUUCCUGGAAUACAUUUAUGAAGAGCCCUUGAUUGACAUCCAGCAGGAAAACCCCAUGUUGUAUAGGCACGUUGAGCCACUGGCAACUGUGGUCCGUCUGAGACAACAGCUGAAAUCCCUCCGAGCCUAUUUAUUCAGCUGCAGAGCCACAGUGGCUGAAGACCUGCGAAGGAGAAUUUUCCCCAGAGAGUAUCUUCUUCAGCAGAUUCACCUCUAUUCCUUGGCAGACCUACAGCAGGUUAUUGAAGGAAAGCUGGCCCCUUUCCUUGGGAAAGUCAUCAAAUUUGCCACCUCUCAUGUAUAUAGCUGCAGCCUUUGCAGUCAAAAGGGAUUCAUCUGCGAGAUCUGUAACAAUGGCGAGAUCCUGUACCCAUUUGAGGACAUUUCUACAAGCAGGUGCGAGAGCUGUGGGGCCGUCUUCCACUCCGAAUGCAAGGUGAAGGCUGUCCCGUGCCCCAGAUGUGUGCGCCGGGAGCUCCAAAUGAAGCAGAAGUCUUUCUGGAGGAGGCUCAACAUGGACGAGAGCCUGGAAGAGGCUUGCAACAUGUUUGAACUGUCCUAUCAGAACACAUGACUCGAAGGCAGAAGGCUAGCAAACCGGCACGGAUCCCUUUCCUAGCUGUGGGAUGAAUGCUUGCAAAGCCACGUAAGGGGCUGCCAGGGCUGAAUUGUUUACUGAAAGAAAUGGUCUGAUGUUUGCUCUUGGGGUUUUUGAGUAGCUGGGGCCAAAGGUAUAUUUGGUAUGUAAGAACAUUGAAGGCUAAAAGGCCUCUGUGAAGUUUAGAAGUGAGCCAACUGGUCUGAAGCCAAAUUUAGUUUACUUGAAACAUUUCCUAUCCUUUUUGCAUUUAUUGAUAGGAGCAUCUUAUUUAUGUGUAAUUAUUUAUUCUUAAGGAUUCCAAAUGUGAACAGAUUUAGAAAUAGGAAAGGGUGAUGCUGCUGCUGCUGCUUAAAAGCCACAAACAUAAUUUGGAAAAGGUAUUGAUGAAUUGGCAUUUGCAGGUCAUUUAGAAAGCUUAGAAAGAUGUUCCUUCUGACAAAAUCCUACUCACAUAUAGAUCCACAUUUAGACAAGCAUACAAAUGUAUAGCAAUCCUUGCACUCCAUGUAGGCAAAUGCUGUUGCUAGUCUUGUAUUACACUUCCCAACAACUGGAGAUUACCUGCAGCAUUAUGCUUGCUCCGCAUUUCCAUUUCCUAGUAAGUCAGUAAUUCACAUUCCUGUUAUGUCUCACAUGUAGCAUGAUGAAACACUGAAAUGGAACUCUUUUGAUGCAAAAUAAUACACACAGCUUUUUUCUUCCUUCAUGAUGGAAGACCGUAUUUUGUCUUCUUUUUGCCAGUGUCAUACAUGCGGAUGAAAGGAUCAGUUACAUCCUAUUGAGGUAUUUACAGGCCUGGGGUUUUACUCUUUGCUGCUUUGUCAGUUUUGUUUCCCUUUGAGAGAUGCAUAUACAAAGACUUAGCAUAUAAUAUUCUGAGCCACUGCAGAGAAGAAAUGCUUUAGUGAACCUUGAGAAAGCCAUAUCCUAACAUGUGCACCAAAAUAUUCUAGAUUUUCUAGUUUGAGAUUUUGAAGCACAGGCUUUGUACUCAGUACAUGACUUUGAAGAUGGUCAUGUACUACGGACAACACCGGCUCUUCGGCUUAGAAAUGGAGAUGAGCACCAACUUACAGAGUCGGACAUGACUAGACUUAAUGUCAGGGGAAAACCUUUAUUUAAAGAAUGAUUGUAAAUUAGAUGUGGAGGCCUGUGAUUGUGAGAGCGCCACAGCAGUGCCAGGGUAUGGAUGGUGAUAUCAUUUCUCCUAGGUCUUAGAAUAUGCAUAGAAAUGUGCUUCUUACAUUACCCAUGUGCUACUAGAAACAUGUAAAAACCUGCCCACCUAUUCAGCUAUCUCCAGAAUAGAUCUAAUGAGUUAUAGUCCAUCUAUCUGGCACUUAAAUUAUUUCCUUGUUUUUGUUCUGACUGAAAAGAGUUUUGUGCACUCAGAUUCAACUGCUGAUCUCUCUCAGGUUUUAUUGCAUUGGAUCAAUAGGGAUAAAACUUUGUUGCAUACAGUCUUUCUAUAUAUUGGGUGUCUACGUUAGAACAGAGAAGUCAUUAAAAACACAAUAGGGAAGCUCCUGUGCCAGGGGUGGGAUUUGUGUGGCCCUCUGAACGUGGAGGAAUUAUAGCUUUGAGUAGCCCUAGCCAAGUCAGGAGAGUCAAUGGUGAAAAAUAGUAAGAGAUGAAAUCCACCAACCAAAGGAAGGCUGGAUGAGUCCCACUCUUCCUUGGAACAGCUCUCAGGUCAAACAGAGAGAAAUAGCAAUUGUAAUUAAGUGGAAACUAAAAAUAUUCACAGUGGAAUUCUUGAGUCUACCUUUCUCUUAGGGGUUUUUUUUUUUUGCACCUCAUUAACAGGAUGCACUUGGACCUAAUGUUAAAUUAUAAGUGUGACCUUUGGUGAGCCCUAGACUCAUAAGGCAACAAGGGGCAAUCUGGAAGUUUUCAGUGUCGUUUUUGACUAACCACAAUUUAGCCUUAUGUUCAAACCCAAACAAACAGAUUAGUCUGAGUAUGGCUGACUGAAACAAAUCAAAUUUGAACUUUUGAGAUCUGAGUUCUUUCACCAAACCAUAGUUAAUAUUAACCAUCCUGUAGGAUUUGGGUGCAACAGUGUUUAAUUAUGUGGUUAAUUGACAAUGGAAGCAAAAUCUUCCAACCACCUAUAUAUUGGAUUGCUGUGAGUUUUCUGGGCUGUAUGGCCAUGUUCCAGAAGCAUUCUUUCCUGACAUUUCACCCUGACAUUUCACCCACAUCUAUGGCAGGCAUUUCCAACAGACCUUACAACCUCUGAGGAUGCCUGCCAUAGAUGUGGGCGAAACAUCAGAAGAGAAUGCUUCUGGAACAUGGCUAUCAGCCCAGAAAACUCACAGCAACCCGGUGAUUUUGGCCAUGAAAGCCUUCGACAAUACGCCUAUAUAUUGAAGGAGGGGAAAGGCUGGGGGACCAUGCAAGCAAAGGCUGAGAGAGGCUCGUUCCCAUAGCAAUAACUUUUUGUUAUAUCUAAAUGCAGACAAGUCUCUGAGACUCUUGAAUAGUCAGUGCAUUUGGUAUCUCCGUAUUUUCAGUUGUUCCUCAAGAGCAUAGAGGUAUUAGUGCAACCCUUGUUUACACAGUUUCAGGAAGUAGUGACGAAAAACAACAUGUAUCUGCAUGUAUUCCCUUUUUGCCUAAGUCGAGUUGCUCUCUUUCUAUUCUUCACUCUAUGCAUGGCAGUCUGAUGCUUCCAGCUUACAUUGUAAUUGUAUUUAAGGCAACAAAUAUAUUUAAAAUUGACAAGCCUAAUUGAAUCAAACCUUAAUGUGCCUUGUAAACAUAAAAAUAAAAUACAAACAUCUGACUAAAAUUAGAAUGCUAUCAACCAGAGGUGAAAGACAGCUAAUAUGUAACAAAGAAAAAGGAUGGGGAAAACGUUUAAAAUUGCAUAUGCAGAAAAAAAAUUCAAGAAAAGAAUGGCAGAAUUGAUAGACUGUUUUGUGUUAGAUUUCUAUUAUGAAUUCCUGUGUUUGUGUAUAGGUACCUGCAUGAAACUUGUUGCACAACGAAUCUGCAUAACAUCCAGUCGUAUCUAAGUUGCCACAGUUUGCAAGGGAAAAGGUGACUCAUUGUAAAUGAUAUUGACUUAUUCAGGAGCUUUGCAAAUGUAUUCAGAUAACACAUGUGAUAGUUGGUAAUUGUCUCACAGGAAACACUGAGUUUGAAAAACUGCCAUCAUUAUAAUUGAUGAUGCAGUAGAAAACACCUGCAGACAAGAUAUUGAUCUGUCAUCCAUCAUGGAAGAAGGAAGUAGCAACCAAGUAUGUAUGUAAUGUUGUACACCUCACAUAAAACAUUGGUUCUGAGAUAGGCAAGUGUCUCAAGUCAGACUGUGUAUUGAGACAUACUUGCCGAUACCAGUUGCUGCUCUUUCAAACUCAUGGUAAUUCAAGCACGUCAUGCCUUCGCCAUGUUGACCCUGAUCUGAUUGCAUUUUGCUCUGGGCCCUAAACGUUUGUAUGUGCUACCCAAAGUGAAAGAUCAAGCCUCACAUUUCAUCUCAUAUAUUGUUGACCUACCAAGUCAGCUUCAUCUUGGUAGAUAUUGAACUGUCGUUGUCCUGUCCACACUACAGAGCAGAAUGUGUUUUUCAUUAGUAUCGGACUACAGUUUAGUAUGAUGUGCCUCCUAACCUUUUAAUCUUGAAAUGGUUCAGGGCAGUCAGUAGCUCAUCUGUUGCAAUGGUGGGGGCGGGGGGUGGUAGUAUUGGAUUGAGUAAUGCUUCCAAAUAUAUUGAUAAAAAAGCAUGGUACAAACCUACUGUUUCUCAUUUUCUGAAUUGGUAGUAGAAAUUGUUCUCUCCCCUCCCCCCCCCCCAGUGGAAAAAACAUUGUAAUUCUGAAGCAAAUUAGGCCAGAAACAGAUUUAGUUCUAGAUGAAUUUCUGCAUGAGAAGAAGAAGAAAAAAGCACCACACCUUGCCAAGUUGCAUUAACAUAAUUGAGCUCCUGUUGACAUUAAUAACCAGAAGGGGAGGCAGUUAUGAAACAAUAUUAGUUGUUUACACAUUUCAGACUAAUCACAGGCAUCUGUUAGAGCAGAGGUUUCCAUCUGAAUGUUAAGAAAACACCUUUUAAAGAACUCUUUCGAACAUUUCAAAAUCCUAUCCAUCAUUUGGAAGUGCCAGUCUGCUCACAAUUAAACAGACAAUUCUGCAGCCAAAUGUAAACCACUGUACUCUGAAAAUUAAACAUGACCGUGGGUAUCUCCCAGUUAUGUAUCUAUUACUUUCUUCAUCAUUAUUGUUUGAUGUAAUAUUUUUGGUCUUUUCAGUAAGAAUUUUAAAAACCUUUUAAAAUCAUCACUUUAAUGACACAAAUUUGCUCAUGUACUUCUGGAGCUGAAGUUGCAUUUUAUGCCUCAGAGAUGGGGAAAGAGCGAUUCGAUUUUAUUCCCUUGCUACCCCAAACUUCUUAAAUUCCCCCUUUUUUGCCUUAAACUGGUAUACAGGAAUAAGAGCAAGGAAAAAAAUGGAAAACAGUGCAGUAGUAGACAUGCCCCUUUCUUCAGCUAACUUUACAUUAUUGCUAAGCAGAGAACUAUGUACAAAGCCUUUCUUCUUAGAAAGGUUUUUCAGGUUUUCUUAUCAGUAGUAUUCAGAUAUUUAAUAUCUCCUUUUAGUGUACAGAUAGUAAAGUAAUACUACUCUGAUUUAAUUUGAGGAAAAAUAUUUGCAAGGCUUUUACUUCAGUAGAAAAUCAAAAGUAACAAUUUGGUCUCAUUGUUGUCAGUUCUUAAAAGAGAAAUUUUCAAGCCCACGCUGGACUGUAAUAUUAACUAAAUUGGUUUGCAUUUUAAUUCUACUGCCACCACGCUUUUGCUAGAAGCAGUAUGAAAUUGACAUAUUUUGCUUCCUUUAAUUAAAAAAAAUUAAAGACAAUUGUUGUCAUCAAAUAGGAGAAUAAGCAUUUUCUGAUGAAUAUGUUUGACGUUGCUACUGGGCAUCAGGGCUCUCAACUGUAGCUUUCUACCUUUUCAUGUCUUUGAUGUCAUAUCCUGCCUCGCAUAAAUCUGAGUGGCAGGAAUUCAUAUUUGGGGUAAUUUAAGAAUUAUACUGGAUACAGCAUUUUUUGGUAAAAGCUUCUUAUCCAACCACAUUCUGUGGCCGUUGAACAGAAAUAGCAGCUGUAAAUGCAUAUAUUUACAUGCAAUGUUAAUAUAUAUAAAAUAUAUGUAUCAAAAUAUUUUUAAAGGCAGGAACAACAUUUAAAAUGAAAUAAUAAAAACUUGGGGUAACCUUCUUUUUUCCCUUUAUAUGUCAUGUGGGAAACUAAGAAAAUUAUCUGUCUUUCUGAGAGAAUCUUUGCAAUGUACAGUUAAUGAGGAGAUGCUGAGAAGGCAAUUUUCCUGGCAAUUAUUAACGUAUCUAGUUAACCUGCUAAAAGCUAGUCCCUUUCUCAUUCCUUUUACUGAAAUUAAUUAGUGUGGCUGUUCUAUGCAAGAGCAGGAAUAAUUUGUUUGGAGAAUUUCAUGCAGGAUUUUAUUUAAUGCUUGAAUAUGCUCCAUUCUGAAGUAUAAGCCAACUUUUCCUUCAAAUUGAAAAACAGAAUUGGGGGUAGAUUCAGGCAGAUCUUCCCCGCAUUUAUUUUCUUUGUGGAUGAAGAUGAGCAUCCAAAACAAUUUAAAUAUGUAUUGUUGAAGGGUUUCAUAGCCAGAAUCACUGGGUUGCUGUGAGUCUUUCGGGCUGUAUGGCCAUGUUCCAGAAACGUCAGGAGAGAAAGCUUCUGGAAUAUGGCCAUACAGCCCGAAAGACUCACAGCAACCCAAUUUAAAUAUGUGACUUGGGAUGCUGCAGUCUGAGAAGAAAAAUCCUAUGACUUGGUUCUGGGAAUGUAAUUCCUUGUCUUUUAUGUUCUCAAAUUUGACAGCCUAUGUAGAAAGCACAUUUCACUGUGGAUUGCUGUUUGCUUUCUGAUUUCCUCCUAUGGUUUUCUUAAUUCCACGGCACAGUGUUCAAGGCUGUUAUCCUCCCUCCUUCUGAGCCUCUUGACUCAGAAUCUGAUCCUUUGAAAAGUACCUUGGAGUAACUCUCCGGAUAUACAGUAUUUCCAAUUAAGCAGCACAGGAUCUAUCAGCUUAGUUGGUCAGUGCUAUGUAUGUCAAUAGCAAGUAGGGAGAACAUCUUUGGAGAGCAACUCCUAAUGCAGCUUUCUGCUUGGAUGGGCUCUGCACACAGCAUGCUAGAAGCAUUUGACAAGUUGCACUUGUUCUUUUCACCUUCAUGCAUUCACCUUUAAAAAAAUUAAAGGUAAAACAAAAUCUGGGUCCUUGACAAAUACUUUGCUAUUGUGGGUUGUUCUGCCAUAAGACACAGUUGUUGUUUUUUUUUUUCCUCUGCAAUCUUGGGUAGGACUUGAGCAAGUCUUUCAAUGUGUGGUAAUAAAUGACUCUUCUCAACCUGAGUUUGAAGCAUAGUGCUAGAAGGAGCCAUAUGGGUCAUCAGAUCCAAACACAUGCACAGUGCAAGAUCCCCAGCUAAAGCAUUCCCAGCAGGCAGCUGUCCAGCCUCUUUCUCCACCAACACUUCAGGCAAUUGGUUUCAUUGCCAAGCCUCUCUUACAGUCUAGAGUCUCUUAUACAGCCAAAUUGAAUUUACCCCUCCCCCCCCCACGAACUUUAAACAAUUUGAGUCCCCGGUGGUGCAGAGGAUUAAACCACUGAGUUGCUGAACUUGCUGAACGAAAAAUUGGCGAUUCAAAUCUGAGAAGUGGGUGAGCUCCUGCUGUUAGCCCUAGCUUCUCCCAACCUAGCAGUUCAAAAACAUGCAAAUGUGAAUAGAUCAAUAGAUACUGCUCUGGCGGGAAGGUAACAAUGUUCUAUGCAGUCAUGAUGGCCACAUGAUCUUGGAGGUGUCUGUGGACAACGCCGGCUCUUCAGCUUAGAAAUGGAGAUGAGCACCAACUCCCAGAGUCGUACAUGACUAGACUUAAUGUCAGGGGGAAACUUUUACCUAACUUUAAACAAUUAGAUAUGGUCCUACUUUUUGGGCUCACAGAAACCUGUCUCCUCCUCUUUGUGGCAGUCUUUGAAGUAUUUAAAGAGAGUAGUCAUGUCAUUCUUCUCCUCUCCGAGCCAAACAUGCCCAGCUCCUUCAGUCUCCCCUCAUGUGUGUUGUUCUCCAUAGGCAUUAAUAUCUUCAUUCCCUUUCUCUGAACUUGCUCCAACUUGUCUAUGUCAUUCUUAAAAUAAGGCACCCAGAACUGAAUGCGGUACUCCAGAUAAAUCCUGACCAAUUUGCUAAUAGAAAAUUUAAGAGAAUAGUGUUAGAAGGCAUUUCUUCAUUAUACAACUAGACUGCGGUCAUAGGCACUCAAAGCGAAUUUGAACUUAAUUAAACUUGUUUCUGAAUAAACAGGAAGAGGGUAGCUUUGUAUGUCAAGCUAAAACGGGUCUCGAAGAAAUCUUGUUGAAAUAAAUUCUGUUGUGCACGUAGCUUGAAAAUAACGUGUUGACACAUGACCAGGUCAACAGUAUUGUUGAACACUUGCCAGACACUGAUGAAAGUGGGCAGAAAUGGACAGGUAUGUGCCUACUGCAACAGCGCAUGCACUAACAUUGAAAGGAUAGGACAGGUUUGGACUCCUUCAGGCUAACAGUCAUGCAGGCUGAAACUGAAGCUAUAUUGCAUGGCCCCUACGCAAGGCAGAUUUCCUAAAAUAUCAUGGAAAUAUUUCCGUCUUGGACUCAAUCAGGCUAUCUAUUUCUGUAGUGCCUGUACUAACCAGCAAUGGGACUCUAGCAUUUCAUUUAUGGGUCUUCUCGUUUGCCUUAUUUGGAAAUGCUUCGCACCGAACCUGCGAUCUCUUGCAUGCAAAUGUAUUCUCCGGCAGAGUUUGUUGCUGCCCUGUAGUUAGUGUGGAAGAUACUGUAGUUAAAUGGCAGCAUACCUAUUUUAAAUUUAAACAUGGGAACCAUUUCAGUCUUGAGGUCUCCUGAUUUAAAGGCUCUUGGAUAGGAAAAAUGGAAAUUAUGUUGACUUGAAAACAUGAGAUUUAGAAAAAUUCCCAAAUCUUUGGAGACAGAAAGUUUAGACGGACCAGUAGUUGAAUAUAAUAUGGUAGCUUCAUAUGGAAUCCCAGGAAAAAACACCUUCCUUCUUCUUUCAUUUUUGUUUACAAAAAAUACUAUUCAUAUCCAGCUACUAAGACUGUAUGGACACUUGCUUUUAAUAUCCUGAAGACAGAACUUUUAAAGGGUGCAUUCCUUGACAGAUUUUGUAAACAGCCAGUCCAACAGGAAUGGUCAGAGUGAGGAAAUGAAGAGAAAAUAUAUUCCUGAGUGUGUGAUAACAAACACAACAAGGUGAAGUUGUGUUUCAAUUUGCCAUUAUGGUCUGGGAUCAUUACUCAUCUGUCAUUUUUGUAUACCAUUUUGUUAAACCAAUGUAAAUGUUUACAUGGAUCCACAAAAUACUUGAGAUCUUAUCCAUUAGUUGGUUUAGUAGAAGGAGUCUGGAGAACUUGUGUGUACUUGGUACCUGGGAAAGUUACUUCUUUGAGUUAUAACCCAUAAACCCAAUCGAGACAGGAACCAAAGUCACUUCACCCCAGUUCCCUAUGCUAUCCAUCAGGAUUGUUGUAAUGUUGAAUAGAUAGACUGUCCUUAAUAUCCUUCACAGAAUGGAAUUUAAUGUGUAAAAGCAGUUUACUUACUGAAAAAUAAUCACCAUGGGUGUUCACUUGUGGCCGAGUAUGAUUGUCUUCCAGAGGUAGAGUCUUGGCGGUGUAUCCAUAAAUGACUGUGAAGACUUUUUCUGGCUCCACAUAGUUUUUCACAUUGAGGACAUAGAUUUCCAGAUAAAAGGUGGUCACGACUACAGUUUGCUUGACCGCCUUCCUCUUGCCAUCUUUGCCCUCUGUUCACAUCUCUUCAAAAUCCAUAGCACUGUUGGCAACAGCUGACCUCCAGUUACAACUCUCAAGGGCCAGGGACUCCCAGGUCUUGGAAUACCUCAUUUCUUUAGGUUAGCUUUAAACCCAUCUAUAAAUCUCUUUUGCUGUCCAUCGACUUUGCGUUUUCUGUUGAGCUGAGAGUAAAGUAACUGCUUUGAGAGACAGUGAUUGUACAUUCGGGCAAUGUGGCCAGACCAGCAAAGUUGAUGGCAAAGAAUCAAUAUUGACAGUGGAAAAUAGGAUCAGUUUUUCACUAAAACAAUGCUGGUUCAUCUGAUAUAUGGGGCUACAGCUCUUUCUUUUUUUCUUUCUUUCUUUUCUUUUUCUUUCUUUCUUUCCUGGAAACUUGCCAGGGCCAAAGUCUCAAGAAUUGGCACAGAUCUGCAGAACCCCACUUUGAGUAGCACUGUACUAUGACUUUCACACAGUGGUUGCUGAACCCAAGACGUGGACAUGACUACUAUUUCAAAAGAUGGUCUAAUGAAUGGAAUCUGCACUUAGAACAAAUAUGUGAUUUUCAGUGAUGUACUUAAAGCAACUUAACCUGUGUAUGGGCCAUUUGUGUGUGUUUAACUACUACUCAUUUGGAAAUCAUGUUGACAUUUAACAUUGUAGUCAACACAAUUCCCAAAAUGUAGGUUCCUUUUUAAACAUGUAUUGGUAACAGUUAAAAUUAUUGCAGCAGUUGGUGCAGUUAGUAUCACGGACAGUAACAGGUCACUGCAAUGGAUCCAAGCUUUUCUUUCUAUAGCAGUUGUUCUCAACCUGUGGGUCCCCAGAUGUUUUGGCCUUCAACUGCCAGAAAUCCUAACAGCAGGUAAACUGGCUGGGAAACACCUGGGGACCCACAGGUUGAGAACCACUGUUCUAGAAGGUACAUCCUUUUGGUGGAGUUCUCUGCAGACAGAAAUAAUUUAGGAACAAAAAGUAUUCCUUCUCUAAGGAAAUCUUAUGAAUAUAGUAUGAGGUUGCCAUAAGUCAACAGUUGCAGACACAGACUUGGCUAAUUCUUAGGAAGUGGUAACCAUAUGCUUUUUAAAAAAAAUGUUGAAGGCACCAUUUUAUGUUCUAACUUCUGUCUUACCCUGUUAAUUUUAAGUAUAUCUUGUUUUCAAAAACAUUAUUUGUGUAGUUGUUCAUUACAAAAAAGUGAAAGGCAACAGGAAAAAGGGAAGUUCAUAUUCUAGAUGGAUUGAUUUAGCCAGGAAGCCGCAGCUCUGAAUUUGUUCAUUUGUAGUUAACUCCUCAACCUUUUCAUUAAUAUAACUAUUUCUUCCUACAAAGAAGGCAGUGUGGAAUUCCCUUACCCACUUACACUCAUAAAACAUGUAUGUUAUCUGAAACAAUUUUCAGAAAUUCAACUCCAUUAUGACCAUUCCACAGAGUCAAAGGCUUUAUUUUCAACACAAAAGAAUAGAGCUGUUUUAACUUUCCAAGUGUCACAAUACAUUGUUAAAUAAUGGUACUAAUGUUCUACUUUGAUUAGUGAAUCUGUGAGUUAAUCCUUUAAAUGAAUGCAACUCAAAUCAUUGGUUAAACCAGAAAACUAAAAAGUUGACUAGAUGGCAAAUAAAGUCAGAGGAUUCCCAAACAAAAUACAGUGUUCCCUCACUUAUUGCGAGGGUUAGGUUCCAGGACCACCCGCAAUAAGUGAAAAUCCACAAAGAAGGGGCACUAUAUUUAUUUUAAUAUUUAUACAUUAUUUUAGUAAUUAUACACCAUUUUAAGUCUUUAUCAACUAAUCGUAUGUUGAUAAAUCGCCUCCUUCUCCUCCCGUUGCUGCUUGGGCUCCUUUUCUCUCCCUUCAGCUUCUCCUUCCUCCCUUCCUUAGGCUGUAAAUUGUAAUUUUUUAUGAUUUAUAAUAGUCUUUUAGAGUUUAUUGAAAAACCACAAAACAGCGAAUACGUGAAAAGUGAACCACAAAGUAGUGAGGGAACACUGUAUAGAUAUCCUUCAGGCUUAGCCCAACGUUUCAUGACUUAAAAGAUCAAUUCUGAUGUCCUUUAAUGUAACAGUAAUACUUGAUUAGUCCAUUUUGUCCCAGAUCAUGGCUGUUUGCAACUGGAAAAAUAAGCCACUGUUAAAUCUGCCCUGAAAAUGUAUAUUGAAAAUUUUACCUAUUCAGUAUUUUGAACAUUGAUUAGAACUGUUCAUCAGUUGCUUUAGCAGCAUUCUACUAUUACAUCAUACAGAAUCUUGAAUAUGUGCAUUUCUUUGUGUUGUAUCAAUUCAGUUCCCGCCUCUGUUCUUUAGUCAUUUUUACCUAGAAAUCUGGAAAAUUUAGCCUUCACUUGCAGGUUUGUAUGAGGGAAAUAUUCCACAUCAACCAUUAUGUUCUAGCUGCUAGUGUAAAUCCGACAAUAAACCAGAUUAUUUAAUUUACAGGAUUGUUAAGUUUUGUUUGUUGUACUUUGUCAUGUGUGUCAAACAUAUUUUUAAUGCUGCAAUGGAGACAAUAUCCUUAAUUUAUUCAUACAUGUAUUGUUUUGUUCAACUGUAUGUUUACUUACUCAAUUACUCAAUGUGCUUCACUUUCAAUAAUAUCAAUGAGACAUGUUAUUUGUGCCACUCAUGUUUCUAUGUAUCGAGUAUGUUUACAGUGCAAUCUUGUAUGUCCCAUUAAGUCUAGUGGCGCUUAGGCAAGUGUGUAACAAAUAACAGCUUAAGUUAUCCAUGAUCAUAGCUGAUGGCUACCAGUCUUUGUUGAAUAAAAGACAGCACUCAACAAUUAGCAUAAUAAAAGCUUGUCAUCUCCAGAA